AGAUUGGUCAACUGUCCUUCCAGGCAGCAACAUAUGGGAUGUCUCACCGAAGCGGUAGCGUGAGAUCGUCGUAUAGUUGCUACGCCACCACAAUGAACGUUGAUUCAGACAGAGUGACUGUAGUGAUCAGUAUCUCAGGGAGCCACAACUUCCAUACGGAAGGCGCCCACACCUUCUUCGACGGAGAAUUCCAUACGCACAAUCCACUAUGAUGCUAUUUAGGGCAGAGGCUGAGUUGAGUAUCUCAAGGCAAAGAUCUAGACCAAGAGGAUACAUGCUAGUGAGAUGUUCGUGUCCAAGACCCAGCAUCUCGGCGGUCAGAAUCUUUCAAUAUAAAAGCCAAUAUCAAUGACAGAUGAUUCAAGAAGUUGUGAAUCGGAAGUUUCAGAAGCUGCUACCUUUCUCAAUCGACACAGAAAAGCUUUGCUUGAAACGCAGUCAAAGAUCAAUCUUUUCUCGCCAAUACCCGCACCACCAUGGCAUCGCUACAUCACCGAAGCGACAGUCAGGUCAUGGCAUCUCUUUACUUAUAUGACCCCUCAAUGGCUGCCGCUUGCGUCUUCAUCGUCCUAUUCUCUUCAACUCUUGCCUCUCACGCACUUUUUCUUUACAAGAAACGAACCCGCUUCUUCAUUCCAUUCAUCGUCGGCAUUGUCUGCGAAAUCCUUGGUUAUGUUGCUCGAGCCAUAUCGGCAGCCCAAACCCCGAACUGGCAGGUGAUGCCCUACGCAAUACAGUCUCUAAUGCUGCUCAUCGCCCCGUCGUUGCUCGCAGCAUCUAUUUACGGCAUGCUAGGUCGCCUCAUUAUUCUAUCAAACGGCCAAGACUACAGCCCGGUCAAGCCGACGAUUCUUACGAAGGUUUUCAUCACGAGUGAUGUCCUCUCCUUUCUCGUUCAGAGCGGAGGUGGGGGUAUUCUCACUAAUGCCAAGUCGCCGAGCAAGAUUCAAUUGGGAGAAAACGUCAUAAUUGUUGGCCUUAUCAUCCAGCUCAUUGGCUUUGCUCUUUUCAUUGCCGUCACAGCAGUCUUCCAUUGGCGUAUUUCUCAAGAGAGAGGUCGGGAUCUGAGACACGCAGCCUCAUGGGAGAAGUUCCUUUGGGUCUUAUACGGCGUCAGUGUACUGGUCUUAGUCCGUUCACUAUUCCGUGUCAUUGAGUACAUCCAAGGCUAUAAUGGAUACUUGCAAACAACCGAGGUGUUUCUCUACGUCUUCGACGCGGCUCUUAUUUUCCUCGUCGCUUU